GUUUCUUGUUUCGUUUCUCAAGUCCCACCCUAACAAUAUAAAAUUAAGAACCUCGAUCCUCGAGAUUGUCAUCUCACAUUACAUCCUGCCUUCAAGAACUGAACCAUGAGCUCCCUGAUCAGAAUUCUCAGCCUCCUCUCGGCUCUUGCAGCGACAAGUUAUGCUCUUUCGUGUACACAGUGUAUGUCUAAUGAAGCGACAUGCUCCGGUCCUAGCAUAACCUGUCCUUCAGGAAAUCAGUGUGCAUCUACAUACACAGAAACCACUACUGCUGGAAUGAAGUCUACAUCUUUGGGCAGAAUAUGCGCACCUUCAUCUCAAUGUGGCUUCUGGGGCAGUGUGACCCUACAACAAGGACAUAUCAGGAUGAGCACUUCAUGCUGCAACACUGACAACUGCGCUCCUGAUCUUCCCACAUUUCCAACAACAAAUUCUACCCCCAAUGGACUGGUCUGCCGAUCCUGCAUGUCCGCUGACUCUUCCUGGUGUUACACCGAUGAUACAGUACAAUGCACAGGGGAUGAGAAUAGGUGUCUUCUUAUGAAAACUUAUGUGUCAGGAUCGAUGUCAUUGUCAACAGCCUUUCGAGGGUGCGCAACAAAGUCCAUCUGUGACAUCGGCAGCCAGUCCAAAAGCUUUGGAGGAGUGACAAGCAGUAUUAAGUUUAUCUGCACCAGCGGUGACCUUAAUGGGAUCUUUGGAUGAAUGAAGUCAAUGGAGACAAAAAAUGUGUUCAGUAUAGAAUAUUUUAAACCUUGGCUAGAAAAUAUCAAUGUGCACAAGUAAUUUUAAAAUUGUCUUCUGCAUCUGCUGUGCUUCAUUUUGUUGUAAUUCUACUUUUG